AUGCCUGCUAUCAUCAGACAGUUCAUCCUCCCUGACCUUUUCGCGUUGUCCUCCGCGUUCCCGGACGCCACUAAUCCACACUGGAAGCGUGCCUGUACUGAGUCUAGAGACUGGGUCAACAGCUAUCGCGUCUUCUCCGACGAGGAGCGCCGUGCUUUCUUCACGCAGGGUCAGAGCGAGCUCCUCUGCUCUCAUGCCUACCCCUACGCCGGCUACGAACAGUUCCGCACAUGCUGCGACUUCAUCAACCUCCUCUUCGUCCUCGACGAGAUCAGUGACGAGCAGACCGCAGAUGGUGCUUGGGCCACAGGCCGCAUCUUUCUCCAGGUACUUCAAGAUCCCGAAUGGGAUGACGGCUCCAAAGUCGCGCAGAUGACGAGAGACCUCCGAGCCCGCGUGGUUUCUACCGGCGUCAAGCCUCAUACCUUCCGUCGGCUCGUGCACAUGUGUAGGGACUACAUAGCAUCUGUCGUCGAGGAGGCGGGGCUCCGAGAGCGCGGCGAAGUCCUUGACAUCGAGUCUUACAUCGAGCUCCGCCGUAACAACAGCGCCGUCCUUACCUGUUUCGCUCUUAUCCCAUACAUCCUUGGUAUUGACCUGCCCGAUGAGGUCGUCAAUGAUCCCAAUUUCUCUGCGCUCAACCUCGCGGCGGUAGAUAUGGUCUGCUGGGCCAAUGAUAUCUACUCUUACGACAUGGAACAAGCCAAGGGCCUCGAAGGCAACAACAUCAUGACUGUACUCACGGAGAUGCAUGGUCUGACCAUGCAGGAUGCGAGCGACUAUGUCGGCGAGCAGUACAAGGCCCUGAUGGACCUCUUCCUCGACAACCAAGCUGCCCUUCGAUCUUUCGGACCGUCCGUAGAUGCUGACGUUCGUCGUUACGUCGAUGCUGUCCGCCACUGGCCCCGCGGGAAUCUUUCCUGGUCGUUCGAGACGCCUAGGUACUUCAGGGAGAAACGGGAGGAGAUCGAGAAUACCCGCGUGGUGAUUCUCAGGCCUCGCCCGGAGCCCAAGAUGAAGAGCCAGAAUUGAUUGGGUCUCGGAAUAGCAUGCCCUGGUCGCCCAUCACCGACUACUUCCUUCCAAAUCUGGCCCUUUUCAUGUUCGCCACAUACUAGCACGACUCGGAACUUGGACUUUUUCUUAUUUAUAUCUUUCUUUUCGUUCUCCGCUUUCACACGAACUCUGUAUCAAUAGGUCCACUAUCUCCAGACUAUGCCCAUGUUUUGUAUCUAUAUUCGUUCCUACUACCAUUUUCAUUCCCCGAACAUCUCCGCGAUUUAUUUGGUUCAGAGCGCUACCGAUCGAGCCGUGAUAACUUAUACGUGUUG